AUGGGCGACGCUCGGCUCUCCUUUGGGAUUGUGAUGCUGUUACAGACCGGCACCGGGCUUUCCGUGAAUGCCUUCCUCCUCCUGUUUUAUGCCCGCGUAUUCUCCACCAGCCACAGGCUCAGCUCCUCUGACCUGAUCCAAGCCCAACUGCCCUUGGCCAACAUCAUCAUCCUCCUCACGGGGGCCGUCCCAGACACCCUGUCAUUCUGGGAGUUGAGAAUUUUCCUGGACGACGUUCUAUGCAAACUAACCAUGUAUCUCUAUCGAGUGGCCCGGGGCCUUGCCAUCUGCACCGUCUGCCUCCUGAGUGUCUUUCAGGCCAUCACCAUCAGCCCCAGCACUGCCCGGUGGGCCCGGUACAAAGCCAAAUUGCCGAGGUGCUUCCUCCCUGCCUCUAUCUUCUCCUGGGUCCUCAAUCUACUGAUAAAUGGUGGUACACCUAUGUGCACAACAGGCCCCGCAAAUACCACUUUUCAUUCCACUUAUGAUCUUAAGUAUUGUACGUUGGCUCCUGUCAGUACAGCAUUCAUGUUGGUGAAUACCAUUCUGUACUCUGCCUCGGAUCUGUCCUUGGUCGGGCUCAUGAGCUUGGCCAGCGGUUACAUGGUGCUUGUCCUGCACAGGCACCACCGGCGGGUCCGGCACCUCCACGGACCCGACCGCUCCCCCGGGGCGAUGCCCGAGGUCCGAGCGGCCAAGAGAGUCGUCGCGCUGGCCACCCUCUUUGUCCUCCUCUAUGGGCGACAGUCAGUUAUGUUGAGCAUUUUGCUGAACGUGAAAGGAUACUCAGUUAGUCUGUUAAAAAGUCACCUGAUUUUGUCGUUCGCCUUCUCGGUUUUCAGUCCGUUCCUGAUGAUUUGCAGUGACCAGAGAGUGAGAUCAUUCUGGAAAAGGGAAUCAAUUAUUUCCAACCUGGAUCCCUCCUAG